UGCGUCAUAUCCUGGAAAUGAUACAAAGUUCAAAAGUGUGUAUUUCAGAGAAAAGUUCUGAUAAAUACAUUGGAAUGAAUAAACAAUGACGAACAAGAUCAGUGUGUCGUCCUCUCAGCUCGUCUGGAGAGUUUGUAAUUUAUUUAUGUCACUGUUUUUCGCGUUGGCAACUUACGUGCAGAUAAAUGAUCCAGAUGCCGGUUUGUGGAUGGUUGGCUAUGCUAUUCCAGCUGGAUUAUGUUUUUCGAUUUGCUGUCAUCAACAAAUAACAGAGUCAUUAUUGUGGAGGAGAAUCGCUGAUCUGCACGUGCUCAUAUCCUCUACGUUUGGAGCCAUUCUGGGCUGGAAACUUCGUAAGGAGGGAAUUACAGACAUUUUCCAGCAAGAAGAAGGAAGGGAAUGUGGUGGACUCCUGCUGGUGGUUUUCUGGCUUCUGCUGUGCAGACAUUCAGGAAGGAGUGCGGUCGGUUCGGUGAGGAUCUGCACCGCUGUGGGAAUCACUGUGUUUCCCUUCAUCACAUGGAUCUAUUACUACAUGAACACCGAGCUGAGGAAACACUGGCCUGAACACUGUAACACUGCUCUCUGAUCAGCCACAACACAAACCUGUCCAGAUCCAGAGAGAUUUAUCACUGCAUCUAUGACUCCAUACUGACUUCUCUCUGAAAUCUCUUCACUGGUAACUUUAUUUCUCUGUGAAACACAAAACAACUAUGUUUAGCACAAUAUUAAAGGUGGAUGUGUCAAACACGCAUUAUAAUUUAUACUAUGUUUUUAGAUUUAUUAAGAAUAUUUGGUUUUAAUCGAGUUUUCAGAAACAUAAAUGUAUGCACAUGUACUGUUUAGAUAUCAUUAAAAACAUGUUAAUG